AAUAUUCAAUAGUUUAUACAAAAGAUACAAUUGUCGAGCUGAUUCACAACACACUUUCCGGUUAAUCACCAGUGAAUCGUGUUUCACAUUUUUGAAGAUUUUAAAUUUUUAUAAAUGCAAAAGUCAGUGUUUAAAAAACGCUUACAGAUUGUUUCACAUUUCGAAAAUAUUAGGUAUAUACAUUAUUUUACGAUCAAAGUAUAGUUUCACUAUGAUAACAAUCGACACUAUCUCGUUCUGAUAUCGUAUAUUUACGCCGCGUUCAGAUUGUGUCGUAAAACUGUCCGAGAUGCCAUUCGUGCAACCGGGGAGAUAUCUCUGCGUCCCCAUCGUGAAUGAGCCGAAUACUUUCUUCGCGAAAUCGCGCAACUUGAACCCCGUCGGCUGAGUUCCGUUAACAUUAAUCGGUAACUUUCAUACGCCGUCAUGUGUAUCGCGACCUGACCGCAUCUACACACGUGCGGCAUACUUCGCAUGCGAUAUUUAUUCCGCCGACUACGCGGGAACGGUCCGCAUACACAGAUCUGCUCUAAACGUUCGCGCACAAUGCAACCGCGAUGGCGCGGCGCGGCAGCGCGCAAAAGGAUUUAUUGCACGUGCGAACUUUUCAACGGCCGUGCGCCGCCGACGGUUAUAAUUUCAGCUCGCAUUGCCAGGCAUGUAAAUUGGCGUGCCAGCAAAGUGACUCUACUCGGAAAAACUAUUGUUCGCUGGAAUUCAGAUUUGCAUAACGACACCGCGAGCGCAUGCGGACGCGAGUCAGAUAUACCAAGUGUAGCCGUACGAAUGAAUAUACCGGCAAAUAAGACGGGAAAUUAGUGAUGCAUCGUCUGUCCAUUACGGCCGACGCGUGUGCAUCACGGGAUUCACGGGCAAUUUUUCGCAUAUUUAUUGUAGCCCAACAAACUUAGUUUAUUUGCUGCGGUAAAUUUUUAUCGCAUAUUCGCAAAAUACGAGACUAUUAUAUAGUAAUUAGUAAUUAUAUAGUAAUUAAUAGCAGUUUAUUGCUUCAAAAUGGCUUUAUUUAAGCGCCGUAGAAUUAAUAUAAACUUUGUAAACCAUCCAAAUAUUUGAUGGUUUUAUCGUUGUUAAAUUAUUAUUCCUGCAUCGUAAUAUACGAAUAUAUGCGUAAUAAACGCACAUGUAACAGACACAUUUAACUCUAUGGAAUGGGAAUAUAUAAAUAUUCCCAGAUCAUUUACGUUUUCACAAUGAUUGGACGUUCAACAUGAAUUAUGUGCAUAUAUGUAUAAUAUUUUUUAUUGCGCGUUGGAAAUUCUUCCGCUUUUGGUAGCAUAUUUAUUUUUACUAAAAAAGAGAGAAAAAAUUUGCUGACGAAAUAACUGCUGAUGAACGUGUUUCAGAUCAAUAAUGAUCCGAAUAUUUUGCCAAAUGUUAACCUGGUGAUGCGAUGGAACGACACGAGAGGAGAGUCCCUCGAAGCUACCAGAGCGAUGAUCGACAUGAUGUGCGACGGGGUUGUGGCGUUCUUCGGACCAGAAGGCACUUGCUACGUCGAGGCCACAGUCUCUGCAUCUCGCAAUAUACCUAUGAUGAGUUACAAAUGCUCGGACUACAAGACCUCGAUGGUGAAGACCUUCGUGAGGACCGAACCGCCGGACACGCAGGUAACCAAGUCGGUGAUCGCCCUGCUGCUGCACUAUGGAUGGAACAAAUUCACGAUCGUGACCGAGCGUCCCUGGUCACCGGUCGCGCUUUUGCUUCAGGAACAGGCGAAGAAGAACAACCUCACCGUGAACCAUUACAAGAUAGUCGAGGACCGGCAUGUCUGCUGCGAGGAUAGGUUGCCGUGCUGCCAAGUUCCUGUAUGGUUCCCACUUAUACAGGAGACAAAAAAUAUGACCCGCAUUUACAUCUUCCUGGGUGCUGCAAUGUCACUGAUAGAUAUGAUGAAUUCGAUGCAAGGCCAAAGAUUGCUGGAUAACGGGGAAUACAUGGUAAUACACGUGGACAUGAUGACGUAUUCGCAACGUGAAGCACAGAAGUAUUUGUGGAAACCGGAUCACUUCAAUAAUCUGAAAAAUUGCCUCGAGCCGAAAGAUUUUCUAAAGAGAGCACGUUCACUGAUGGUCAUCGUGUCAACACCGCCGACGAAGAAUUACGAAGAAUUUACUAAGAAGGUCCGAUACUACAGUAGAAUAGACCCCUUCAACUUCCUUAUUCCCGACCUUCUGAAAAAGUAUGAAAAGUAUGUGUCCAUUUACGCGGCAUAUCUCUACGAUUCUGUUAAACUAUACGCGAGAGCUCUGGACCAGUUAAUACGAGACCACCCGGACCACUCUAUCGAGGAACUGGCUAAAAACGGUACUCUUAUAGUCGAGACGAUUAUCAAGAAUCGUACAUAUGAAAGUGUGAGCGGAGCAACGAUUAAAUUGGAUAAAUUUGGAGAUUCUGAGGGAAACUUUUCAGUGCUUGCUCUAAAAAAAGAACCGUUCCGUGAUCAAAACUUCUCUUGCGACUAUCAGAUGUUGCCUGUGGGCCAAUUCCUUCAGCAGGGUGAAACUCUAGUAUACAAAUCUUGGCCAGGCGCUAUGGAUUGGCCCGGUAAAAAUAAACCCGAGGCAGAACCUGGUUGCGGUUUUCUCAAUGAACAUUGUCCGAAAGACGACACGCAUCUCCGCAGCAUUAUUGUUGCCGCAGCAUUGGCUAUUUUGCUGUUUUGCGCCACAGUAAUCACUAUGAGCAUAUAUCGAAGAUGGAAGAUAGAACAGGAAAUAGAAGGAUUACUUUGGAAGAUUGAUCCGAAUGAGAUACACGGUUAUCCCCAUCUUGAUAAUAUGAUGUCCUCCCCUAGUAAGUUAAGUUUAGUUAGUGCAAUGUCCUACGAGUCGAGAUGCGGCGGCCAAGUGUUCGCGCAAACUGGACAUUACCAUGGUGUAAUGGUACGGAUAAAGGAGCUGAAAUUCUCAAAGAAAAAAGACAUUUCACGGGACGUUAUGAAGGAGAUGCGCAUUCUCCGUGAAAUUAGGCAUGGUAAUCUCAACUCUUUCAUCGGAGCGUGCGUGGAGCCGAUGAGGAUAUUGUUAAUUACCGACUAUUGUACCAAAGGAAGUCUUUAUGACAUUAUUGAAAACGAAGAUAUAAAAUUAGAUGAUAUGUUCAUUGCAUCGUUAAUUCACGAUCUCAUUAAGGGUAUGCUGUAUAUUCACGAGUCAUCUCUACUAGUCUGUCAUGGUAAUCUAAAGUCUUCCAAUUGUGUCGUGACUUCACGUUGGGUACUCCAAGUCUCGGAUUUCGGGCUUCAUGAUAUGCGCCAUUGCGCCGAAUCUGACAGCAUCGGUGAACAUCAGUAUUAUCGAAGCUUAUUUUGGAAAGCCCCCGAGCUAUUAAGAAACUCACAUGCUCCAAUUAAAGGCACUCAGGCAGGAGAUAUUUAUUCUUUCGCCAUUAUUCUAUAUGAAAUUCUUGGACGUAAGGGACCGUACGGAAAUAUUAAUCUGGAACCCAAAGAAAUCAUAGACCGAGUGAAAAGAUUUCCGGAAGAUGGUGAACCACCGUUUAGGCCUAACUUAAACAUACUCUCCGAAUCGAAAGCAAAUUGUGCCGAUUAUGUCGUUAGCACUAUUAUGGACUGUUGGGCGGAAAGUCCAGAAUUAAGGCCAGACUUCAAAAUGAUAAGGACGAGAUUGAAGAAAAUGAAAGCUGGGUGGCAUCGAAACAUAAUGGACCAAAUGAUGAAUAUGAUGGAGAAAUAUGCGAGUAAUCUCGAGGAUCUAGUCACCGAGCGUACGGGACUUCUCUUGGAUGAAAAAAAGAAAACUGAAGAUCUGCUUCACAGAAUGUUACCUAAACCUGUCGCAAAUUGUUUAACAAACGGUAUUGGCGUAGAGCCGGAAGCUUUUGAUUUGGUUACUAUAUAUUUUAGCGAUAUCGUAGGUUUUACUGCAAUGUCAGCAGAAAGCACGCCAUUUCAGGUUGUAAAUUUCUUAAAUGAUCUGUAUACGUUGUUUGACCGUAUAAUCAGAGGAUACGAAGUGUACAAAGUAGAAACGAUCGGAGAUGCCUAUAUGGUCGUUUCCGGCCUUCCAAUAAGAAACGGAGAUCAACAUGCUGGACAGAUAGCAUCAAUGUCGCUGGAAUUACUUAAUGUCGUUAAGCAUCAUACGAUACCUCAUCGGCCUCAAGAAACUCUCAAGUUACGUAUCGGCAUUCAUACUGGUCCUGUAGUAGCGGGUGUUGUCGGUUUGACAAUGCCUAGAUAUUGUUUAUUCGGAGACACCGUCAAUACCGCGUCGCGUAUGGAAUCUACUGGAGAACCAUUACGAAUACACAUCAGUAAGCAAUGCAAAGAAGCGCUAGAUAAGAUCGGAGGUUAUAAGAUUGAAGAGCGUGGUUUCAUUGAAAUGAAAGGAAAAGGAACAGUGAAGACUUACUGGCUCACUGGAGCUACUGUGACGCACAGAAAGAAUACAGAGAACUCUAACGGGGAUGAAAAUCUUCCACCGUUGUUCUGCAGACCGCGAAAAAGCCCGAAGCUAAAUCCAGAUUCACGAUACGCAUCGCUAUUAGAAGGAUUAGGGGCAGGUAGUCGCAGACAAUCAAAUGUACCAUAUCCAAUGGCCGAUGACUCUUCCUCACAGUGUGGUGGAUCUAGUCCACUUUCGCGAACGUUGCACUUUCGCAAGCUCGAGAGAUCUCCCCUGUCUCUGACUGAGAGCGUGUCGAAGACCACGCUAGAUAAUGUUUCAGUUCAGGAAGAGGAAGCACAUAGACGCUUAAACAUCAAAUCGGUCGACGAUCUGUUCAUAAGCACAGGACCAAAACUUAGAAAAAACGCGCGUGCAUUAUCUACCAUCGCAUCCUCGUCGUCAAGCGACUAUCCAUCUCAGACUGUCAUACGCGGAUCUCGUUCGCUCGACCCGCUUCCCACUGAUAUGUAUAACAAACGGUUCGAGUCGCCAAACUUCUGGAAGGAGAACGAGUGCACGCAGAUCAAUUCAAAAGCGGACAUUUCUGAAAAAAUGCUGAAUAACAAUUAUCCUAAUGGUAAUGUGAUAAUGAUGUCUCACAUUGAUAGUCCCCCGAAUGAAGCAGACCCGCUGUUGGGUGACGACAGUACGGACAAGAGAGAAAUACGGGAGAAGCGUUCGCGCUCGCUAGAUCAAGUGGUAUCUGCAUCUAGCAUGGACAGUGUACCUGAUAAAAAGUCUUCCGCGCGAAAGUUGUUAGAAAUUCCGCCUGUUUCGACUAUUAUACAGAUGUUCAACGGUAAUGGAUUGCGCAACAGCAACGUCUCUUUAAGAAGAGGAAUAUUAGCAGGGUACGAUAAGCAAAAUGAACGCGAGAGUGUGGUCUAGUACGCAUUCGAGAAAUUUUUUUUCUCUUUUUUUUUUAACGCGACUAAGUAGCAAGAAAUAGAAUCACGUGUAAAAACUAUGUGCUAAAACAUAAAUUAUGUGGGACAUUACGUUUACGAAUCAUAAGCAUGAUUUAUUGUUGCCAUCUUUUUUCUAGCUUAGAUACGUGCAAUUUAUAUGUAUAUGAAAGUUACCGACUAUAAUGUAUAUAUAUUUUUAAUAUUUAGAUAUAUUUUAUAACUCUUGUACUAAAACGUGUGCAUCAAGGCGAUGUAAAAACAACUUUUACAUGCAGGACUGCUCUCCUGUUUUCUUCUCUUUGUUACGAUUUUUUUUAAUUGGAACGUGUUAUGGAAACAAGCAAAUUAUAUUUUAUAAAAAUCAUGACCAAAGUACACCACGGACACUUAGUUUAUUCGACAAUUCAUUUUGUUUAAUAGUGUGAGAAAGGAAUUAGGACGGUGUCGCGUAUAGUCGAUGUCAGAAUGAUUAAGACACUUUAUUUUCUGGAUAACUUUUAUAGUUUUAUUUCUACAUAAAUCGAAAAAUAUUAAAAUUUUAAUUAUAUCAAAAUUUAUGUAAUAAUAAAUCUGUAAGGGUUUUACCUAAUAAACGAAAACUUCCUCUAGCAUUCCAAUAUCGAUUAUACAUACACGUGCGCAAUCAAAAUCAAAUAUGAAGCAUGUAUAAGAUGUGUGUAUAUAAUAUAUACAUUAGCACACAUGUAUAUCUAUAGUGUCUAUUACUUUUGUUCAUUGAAGGAAGUAAAUUGUCCGUAUGGCUGUGAGAAGUAAACUAGAUUACACUUAAGGUGCUUAGUAAUAUAUCAUGUUGUCAAAUGUAUAUAACUAAAUAAUAUAUCAAUGUAAAAAGAUAAAAUGUAAAUUAAAAGAAUUAUUACCUUCUUUAAGAGAUAAUUAAAGAGUCUUCUCGAAA